AUGACGCUACUGAAAGAGAUGUCCAAAUGGGACAUCGAGCCCCAGCCACGAAAGAAGGCCCGUACAUCUCUAUAUCACAUGCAGUGCGCUAAGCUACAUCUUUCACCACGCCGUCGUCCUGGUGGCAGGUACUCGGACGCGGUACCCGCCUAUAAGGUUGAGCCUUAUUCCACAAACAUUCUUCUCAUCACCAAAACUAGCGACAACCAAGAUCUAUAUGAUCUAGAUCGAGCCAACCUCCUCCAUUCCCACAACCCCGGAGAAGCCUCCCCAGAGAUUGUCACAUAA